UCUGUGGAAUAAUCUUUAAGAGAUCACUUUUAAAAUAAAAUGUUUCGAUUUAUAUUAUAUAUUUCGAUUUUUUUUAAUUGCAAAAGGUGAAAAUAAGCAUUUUAAUGAGUUAUCAACAGAAGUUUUAAUUAUUAACUUUUAAUCAAAUAUAGUCAGAAGAAAGUAAUUAAUUUAAAAUAAUUAUUAUUUUUGAAACUCUUCAGAUGUCAAUAACAAAUAUGGAAUUCCAACAUUUAAUAUAAAAGGAAAAUUUCAAGACGUCACACCUUUAUGAAUUUUCACCUGAAGAAGGACGAAAGAAAAAAAGCUCGAAAAUGAACGAAACAAGGAGAAGUGCAGAUCUUCCCAAGAAAAAGAUCUUAGAAACUUUACUAAAAAGUGCCAUUAGUUAUUUAGAAUGUCUGCAGAAAUUUACUUAUCCUGUUAAAGAUGUCAGCAAGAAGGACAGUGUUAGAACGGAGAAAAGAUAUCCUAAAAGAAAUAUAAAAAGAUUAUCAUAUAACGAGUGUGAUUCUACUGAUGACGAAUGCCUAGUAAUUGAAAACUAUGUAGUAGAUGAAAGCGAUACUUCAUCCUAUGAGAGACUGUUUCACGUUUCUAAAAUUCCGGAUAAAUUACUGAAAACUCAAAAAGCUCAAGAAAUUCCACAAAGUUUUGUACUCAGAAAAUCCUCAGUUUCUGUAGUGAAAUUCGGCGUUUGGACUGAAGAGGAACUUCCGACAGGAAUUAUUUUGGGUCCAUGCAGAGGAAGAAUUACUAAAAACUAUUACGAAGCUGAAAAUACUGGAUACUUUUGGAUGGUAAGAAAUUGUGGCAAAGAGAGAAGCUCCUGGAGAGAAACAUCAAAUUGGUUACGGUUUGUGAAUUUUGCAGAUUCUAAAGAAAAUCAUAAUGUCAUGGCCUUCCAGUAUAAAAAAAGAAUUUAUUACAAGACUUGCAAACAAAUUGAGCCUUUUCAAGAGCUCUUGGUGUGGUACAGUGACAAUUACGCUACAGAACUGAGAAUGUUCAACUUGGAUGCUGAAAAUGUUUCUGAUAGUGAUGCAGUUAAGAAAGUUUGGUGUGAUGCAAAAAGUAUCAUGUUUAAUCCUCUGGAUCAAGAGCUACAAUCUAAUUCUGCUGUUAAAGAAAACAAAUGUGUUACAUUUGAAUAUUCCACAGACAAAGCCCUACUUCGCGAACGCCAUUGCCCUGAAUCAAAAAAAGCAGAAGCUCAAACUUACGAUUGCCCCAAUUGUGAAAAAGUCUUUUUGCAAAUAGAAAAGCUUCAGAGCCAAGGUCGCUAUUUUGAACAAUCAAUUUCUUGCGAUGUUUGUGGGAGAGCUUCAAAAUGGCAACCACCCCCUCUGUCUCUAACUAACAAUACUAAGGAAAAAAACUAUCCUUGCAACAUCUGUGGAAAAAGAUUUAGUCAGGCUGGAAAUCUCGAAAUACACACACGGAUACACACGGCUGACAGGCCUUUCAAGUGCCCUUAUUGUAAGCACAGCAGCAUACAAUCAUCGCAUAUGCGCCAGCACGUGAUUGUCAAACAUACUAAAAAGUAUCCAAUUCACUGUCUAGACUGUGGUAAAGGUUUUAUACGUCCGGGUCGUUACGAACAUCAUAUUAGAAAGAGACACUCAGAUGUCAAAAAGAAGCCAAAGCCAGUCAGAAGGAAUACAAAUUCUGGUGCUAAUAAGAUCCGUCAUAAACUGAAAUGUGAUUUUUGUGAAUAUACUUGUUUUCGAAUUUUUUAUCUCCAGAAGCAUUUGAAUUCGAAGCACAAAGAAGACGGUGUGGUCAAAAUGUUUCAAGCUUCCGCUGAUUUCGCUGAACAUCUUCAAGACAACCAGGCAUCAUGUAGUAAGGAUUCUUCGUUGAUCAUAAAUGAAAUUCCAGACGGUAAUUUAGAAAUUGAUGAGAGGAAAUCACGUAAAAGGAAAAGGAGCGAUAACACAAUAUUAACUAGUCACCGUAAAAAACCAAGACGUAACACUGUGCCGGAAAUAGCUCAGGAAACGAUUGAAGUGGCUAAAAACUUGGAUUCGUCUGUUAAAAACCUAAAGGAUAGCGAAAAUAGUCUUGUGCAGUUAGAAGUGGGAGUUAAUCAUUUGGAAAAUGGACUCGUGCAAUCAAAAACGGAUAAUAAUCAAGCGCAUUUUACCAGUGAAAAUACUGAUGAUUUGAAAAAUAGCCUUAUAGAACUGCAGAAAGGCGGAAAGCCAUAUAAAUGUCCACAAUGUGAAUAUAUAUGCAACUAUUUCCAAAGUCUCACUCAACAUAUCAUUUGCAAGCACACGAAGCGCUAUCCUUACACGUGCGCUGAGUGUGGCAAUGGAUUUACGAGGCCUGUACGUCUUCAAAGACACAUUGAUAACGUCCAUGCAAGAAUCCGAGAACUUAAAGCUAAUACUAAAGAUUCUGGAAUCAAAAGAAAGAAACAGAAAGGUAAAAACAAAGUCAUUGUAACUAGGAACAGGAAACGCAAAGUUGUUGAUACUGAAAACGGUCUCGCAAAGAAGAGACGUAGGGGAAAGAAAGGUGAAGGCGUUGCUGAAAAAGAUCAAAAACCUUUUGUUUGUUGCUAUUGCAGCUAUGCAUGCUACCGUCCAACGCAUUUGUCGCGGCAUAUCAUUAAGGAACAUACUCAUGAUUAUCCAUACGUGUGUCCUCAGUGCAACGAAGGAUUUGUGAUACCCAAAGAACUAAGAGACCAUUUUUCAUCGAAACAUGCAAAUGUUAAAUCGACAAAUCGCUUUCAAAAACCUAGUCAAGCUUCUUUUAAAGCAGCAGAAGUCAAUACUCAACCGUCUAGUGAGCAAGAGAAAAUUAUGAAACAGGAAAAUAAGGAACAGAUUAUUAAUGAAGAAAAUAAGAAAACGAAUAAGAAAGCAAUCAUUCAAAGAGAUAAUCAGAGACCGGUUAUGAAUCAAAAGAAAAAGGUCUUAGUCAUCAGGCAAGAUAAUAAUGAAGAAGUUAUUGAGCAAGACAAUAGGAAACCAGUUAUUGAAAAAGACAAUAAGGAGGUAGUUAUCAAGCAAGAGUCCAAAAAACCAGUUCGUUUAGAUGGGAUGAGCCAUUUCAAGUGUCCACACUGCACUUAUGCGUGUAUUUUAGCGCAACAUCUAACCCAACACGUCAUCGCCGCACAUACGUCAGACCAUUCUUACGCAUGUGUUCAAUGCGUAGAACGCUUCAGUAACCCGUUCCGUCUCCGACAUCACUUUAAAGAAAUCCAUGUCGCCAAACGAAAUGAAUGUCGACCUAUAAAAGAAGAAACGACUAAAAUUGUAAAAAAAUCAUCCAAAAAAUCCAAAACCCCACAAAUUUCGAAGAUCCACGCGUGCCAAUAUUGUGAGUACAAAUGUUCCAAAAUUCAACAACUCACUCAACAUGUCAUCGUUCGCCACACUAAGGAGUAUCCAUUCUAUUGCCCUAAAUGCAAAAAAGGCUAUACUCGAGUUGCGCGAUACAAUCUUCAUGUGGUAAAAUGCAAAGGAGUGAAGACAGGAAAAAUAGCUGCAUAUAAAGAUUGAAGGGAUUUCGGGUAUUUACUUUCCAAUAAGUAAAAGAACAGAUAGUUGAAUAUUACUUUAAACCAGAUUAGAGUUUUUGUUGUCCUAAACUGGUUUUGGAUUUAACAAGUGAUAUUUACUGCUCAAAAUCUAUCAAAAUUGUCUUGGGAUUUGCUGUUCAAAACUGAAUUAUAGUUAUUCUGAAAAAUGGUUAAACUUAAAACACUUACUACACGUAAAAAAGAAACAUCCAACUAAAUUUUUGACUGAUAUUUAAUUUUAAAAACUAAUUGCAGAUCAAUUGAAACCUCACAAUCGAUUUUACUUUAAAGUUUAAAUUAAUAAAAUAUAUAAUUGUAUUUAUAUAACUAUGAUUUCAAAUAGUACCCAUAAAUCUUUGUUAUUAAAGUAUAUAUUAGAUUUGAAUAAUUGAAACAAAAGCAUCCGUUUCUAUUUUUUUGAAAUACCUUCUGU